AUGCCGGCCCUGCGGCGCGGCCGGACAGGGAGCAGGAUCAUCGUGACUGGCAGCGACAAGCACGUCGUGGACCUCGGCACGACGGAGCCAAUCAUCCUGCGGCCGCUGCCACCGGAGGAGUACUGGUUCUUCUUCAAGGCGCACGCGUUCGGCGGCGCGGACGACGCCGAGGCGGACCCACGGCUGGCGGCGGAGGGACAGGCCAUCGCCAGGAGGCUGCGCCUGCGCUGCUCCUUCAUCGGCGACAAGGCCGUGGGCGCGCUGCUGAGGUCCCGCCCGGACCACAGGCUGUGGCGCCGGGUGCUGGCCGCCAGCCACGCCGAGUCCUCGUGGUUCGCCAAUGGCGACUACUCCGUAUGUAGCCGCCACGGCCGGCAGCCUCCUCCCUCCGCACGUGACGUGCAGAACCAUUCAGAAACUUUGACCCGCUUCUCCAUUUCAGAGAAGAACCGUUCUGAGUCUGAAGUUAACGAUAUUUUGACAAAAGCAGGAUGGCUGCUGCUUGACUAUUUCACUGAUUGA